UUUUCCGCUUGUGCUUCGGCGCCACUCGGCUCCCUUCCCGCCCCUCGCUCCCUCCCCUCCCUCCCUCUUCUCCCUCCCUCCUGUCCUGGGACUGCCUGGAGCUCCGCACCGCGAGUUUGCCGCGGCACUUUCCGCGCGGCGGAAGAGCGCGCGCCAGCUUCGGCACACCUGGGUGCCCGAUCCCAGCCACACGCCUCGUCCCCUAGAAGCUUCUCCGAGCCCCGCCGGCUGCUGGGGGAGCGGCGGCCGUCCCGCUCCUGGAGGUCGUCCCCUGGCAUCCUCGGGGCCGCAGGAAGGAAAAGGAGGCAGCGGCCGGAGCCCUGGUGGGCGGCCUGAGGUGAGAGCCCGGCCAGCCCCUCUGGGAAUAUGGCGACCGGUGGCUACCGGACCAGCAGCGGCCUCGGCGGCAGCACCACAGACUUCCUGGAGGAGUGGAAGGCUAAACGCGAGAAGAUGCGCGCCAAGCAGAACCCCCCGGGCCCGGCCGCCCCGGGAGGGGGCAGCAGCGACGCCGCUGGGAAGCCCCCCGCGGGGGCUCUGGGCACCUUGGCGGCCGCUGCUGCCAACGAGCUCAACAACAACCUCCCGGGCGGCGCGCCGGCCGCACCUGCUGUCCCCGGCCCCGGGGGCGUGAACUGCGCGGUAGGCUCCGCCGUGCUGACCCGGGCGGCCCCCGGCCCGCGGCGGUCGGAGGACGAGCCCCCAGCCGCCUCUGCCUCGGCUGCACCGCCGCCCCGGCGUGACGAGGAGGAGCAGGACGGCGUCCCGGAGAAGGGCAAGAGCUCGGGCCCCAGUGCCAGGAAAGGCAAGGGGCAGAUCGAGAAGAGGAAGCUGCGGGAGAAGCGGCGCUCCACCGGCGUGGUCAACAUCCCUGCUGCAGAGUGCUUAGAUGAGUACGAAGAUGAUGAAGCAGGGCAGAAAGAGCGAAAACGAGAAGAUGCAAUUACACAACAGAACACUAUGCAGAAUGAAGCUGUAAACUUACUAGAUCCAGGCAGUUCCUAUCUGCUACAGGAGCCACCUAGAACAGUUUCAGGCAGAUAUAAAAGCACAACCAGUGUCUCUGAAGAAGAUGUCUCAAGUAGAUAUUCUCGAACAGAUAGAAGUGGGUUCCCUAGAUACAACAGGGAUGCAAAUGUUUCAGGUAAUCUGGUUUCAAGUAGCACACUGGAAAAGAAAAUUGAAGAUCUUGAAAAGGAAGUAGUACGAGAAAGACAAGAAAACCUAAGACUUGUGAGACUGAUGCAAGAUAAAGAGGAAAUGAUUGGAAAACUCAAAGAAGAAAUUGAUUUAUUAAAUAGAGACCUAGAUGACAUAGAAGAUGAAAAUGAACAGCUCAAGCAGGAAAAUAAAACUCUUUUGAAAGUUGUUGGUCAGCUGACCAGGUAGAAGAUUCAAGACUCAGUGUGGAAAAAAUAUUUUAAACUACUGAUUGAAUGUUAUGGUCAAUGCUAGCACAAUAUUCCUAUGCUGCAAUACAUUAAAAUAACUAAGCAUGUAUAUUUAUUUCUAGAAAAUGGAUGUUUGUUUUCAAAAUACUUCUUUUUCAUUAUUGGUUUUAAAAAAAGCAUCAACCUUUUAUCUCACAAAUAAGUAAUAUCUUUCAGUUAUUAAAUGAUAGAUAAUACCUUUUUGGUUUUGUGUGGUAUUCAACUAAUACAUGGUUUAAAGUCACAGCCAUUUGAAUAUAUUUCAUCUUUGGUAGUACCUUUUCUCCCUUAGGAAUAUACAUAGUCUUUGUUUACAUGAGUUUAAAUACUUUUGGGAUAUUACCUACACAUGCCUUAUUACUGAUGUGUGCAACCUUUUAUGUGUUGAUGACUCACUCAUAAAGGUUUUUGUCUACUGUCAUUUCUUUCCACUUAUUCUAAGCAUUUAGAGUAAUAGAGUCAUACUUUUGUGUAACAGCAACCUUUUAAAAGGAAAGCUCUUAUAAAGUCACUGUCAUGUUCUAGUCGAUUAAAUAUAAAUUUAAGAGAAUACUUGAAUUGCGCUAUAGUAAAUAAAAAUUUACUAUUUUAUGUUUGAA